AUGGUAGACCAUGUAGCACUGGGUCACCAACAUGGGACUUCUGGCGAUGCCUCUCCAACCCCCAGUCCGACCGCAGAGGAGCGUACCCGACGCAAGCUCGCCAGCUUCAAGGUCACCCAUGUCAUUCUUACGCUCUUUUUCUUAUGGAUGAUGACUGUACAUAUUAUUGGCAUUCUGUUUUUUGCUAAGGGCUUUCUUCUCACCAGAUUGGUGUUGGACAACAAAUCCGAAUGUGGAAUACUUCCAUCCGACGAAUCUUCUCGAGAAACUGGCGGAUGCUGGCAUCCAAAGUCGUUCGAUCGAGCUGUCGUCAUAAUAAUUGAUGCUUUACGAUACGAUUUCACCGUUCCUUCUCAUCGUUUCUAUACAGAGCCCCAGAAAAAGUCCUAUUUAGACAAUUUCCCCAUCCUCCACCAGACCGCUGUUUCGAACCCUGCCAAUGCAAUCCUGCUGCCGUUUAUUGCCGAUCCUCCGACCAGCACCCUGCAACGUCUGAAGGGCUUGACCACUGGUACUCUUCCUACAUUUAUUGAUAUUGGUUCAAAUUUUGCUGGGACAGCUAUCGAAGAAGAUAAUAUCAUUUCUCAGCUGAAAGAUGCCGGCAAGACGAUUGUACAACUUGGAGAUGACACAUGGCAUUCGUUAUUUCCUGGAUAUUUCGAUCCCAACAUGACAAGACCCUAUGAUUCGUUCAAUGUGUGGGAUCUGCACACCGUGGAUAAUGGGGUCAUCGAGCAUAUUAUGCCUUUGCUGGACCAGUCGCCGACAAAAUGGGACGUCAUUUUUGGCCAUUUUCUUGGGGUUGACCACGCAGGCCACCGAUAUGGCCCUGAUCAUCCCGCGAUGGCCGACAAGCUACGCCAAAUGGAUGGUGUUAUCCGACAAAUGAUUGAGAAACUUGAUGAUCAAACUCUUCUCGUGGUUAUGGGCGACCACGGCAUGGACACCAAGGGGGACCAUGGUGGGGAAUCAGACGAGGAGAUCGAAGCGGCACUUUGGAUGUAUUCAACGAAGCCUCGCUUCGGCCGCAUUGAUGCGGGCGACUCUUUGCCUCCGGCCACCGCAAAAGAGCGCCCAGUUGGCCAAAUUGAUCUGGUGUCAACACUCUCAAUCCUUCUCGGUCUCCCCAUCCCCUUCAACAACCUCGGCAAACCAAUUGCUGAAGCCUUUGCGGGGGCUGAAACGACCGACUGGCAAAAUCUUGCGAAAGUGGAGCAGUUGGCUCAGAGUCAGAUCUCAAGAUAUCAAAAAUAUUAUACGCGUUCGCGGGACCUUGGUCUGCCGGAAGAAGCUUACACGAAGCAAAACCAAUAUGUGCACGAGGCCACAAAGGCCGCGGCGCAUGGCAAGUGGAAGGAUUCACAUAACGCCCUUGUCAACUGGCAUCGAGAGGUGAUCUCCAUGUACAGACAACUGUGGGCCAAUUUCAACUUGACCGAUAUGUUGACUGGUGUUCUCCUUUCUGGUCUUGGACUGGGGCUUUUGUUCCUGCUUGCCUGCUUCUUGGAAGGAGAUAAAGCCGGUCUCGCUGUGCAUUUGAUCAGGAGCGCCGGACUCGGUUCAGCUGCAGGCGCUGCGGUCGGUGGGCUGACUGGACUUUUCUUACCUGCGAGAUUCACUGUGGUGACUGGCUUGAUCUUCGGCGCAGGCAUCGGUGGCGUUAUUACGGCUUGCUUCUGGUCAUGUCAACACCUUUUCGCUCCAAAAUCGUAUCUACCAUCCGCAUGGGGAUGGUUGGCCUUCGUCUUCUGUGUGACCCAAGCGGCGGGAUUCGCCUCGAAUUCCUACACGAUCCACGAGGACACCAUCCUCCUCUUUUUCCUGAGUUCCUUCGGCGUCGUGUCUUUAAUCUCGUCGUUACGACAAGCGUCCACACCUGAUCGAGUAUUAGGUACCUACCAGUCAGUCGUGUUCAUCAUCCUCACCCGAGCGGCAUCGUUUUCACGUCUUUGUCGUGAAGAGCAGAUGCCCGGCUGUCGCUCCAGCUUUUAUGCUUCGACCAACUCAUCAACUUCGGCCCCUUGGCAGCUUCUCAUCCCUUACAGCGUGGCUCUGGUCAUACCGGAAAUCAUAAAGGCCUUCUACAAGGGCACUGCAUCGUAUGCAGGGUCGGCCGGCUUCUGGAUUGGCUUCAGCGUCCGCAUGGGCUUGUUGCUCAUUGCCGCAUAUUGGACGGUUGACGCUGCGGACAACGGGGAUUGGCUGUUGGAGCGAGUCUCAUCCGCAACGCUCAAAACAGUUAACAUCACCCUGGCCCGGUCUGCCCUGGCAAUCGCGAUUCCCGUCGGAAUAGGGACUUUUGUGUGGGCCAAACCGUGUAUCGACAUCUCGAUAACCGAACCGACAAUGGUUGGUCACGAAUCUGGCGCCCGUGGCCGACCCCAACUGGCCGUCUUUGGCUAUGCAAACGUCUUUGGCAGUCGCUACUUCAUUAUGAUGCCGAUCCUCGUCUUAGCAGUGUCAUUACUUCUGCCACCCAUGGGUCAGUAUUCUAUCGCCAUCCUCAGCUGGCAGAUUCUGUGCCUCCUGGAGAUUCUAGACACCAAUGGGCUUACUAUUGGGUCUGCCACCAAAUCCAAUAUCGGCCCAAUCAUGCUCGCCAUCCUGGGGUCGUACCAUUUCUUCAAGACUGGGCACCAGGCAACCCUGGCCUCGAUACAAUGGAACUCAGCAUUCGUCCCUCUACGUACGAUUCAAUAUCCUUGGUCUCCGCUUCUGGUUGUGCUUAAUACCUUUGGAGCUCAGAUCAUCUGCGCGGCAGCGGUGCCAUUGACGGUCCUGUGGAAGAGACCGAUCGAUAAAGCUGGUCUACGUGGGUUAUGGAACGACGUGCUCGGGGCUUGCCUGACGCAUGCUCUAUAUUAUGCGACUAUCCAACUGGCGACGACGAUGUGGGCAGGGCACCUGCGACGGCAUUUGAUGUUGUAUCGAGUGUUCAUGCCACGAUAUCUCAUGGCCAACGGGGUGCUCCUGAUUGUGGAUCUGGUGCUGGCUUUGGUUGCCUUGGCUAGUGUUAGAAUUGUUGGGCUCAGCGUUGGUGAGGUGUUUGGCUUUUGA